GAUACCUGCCUGUGGUUGAUGUCCGAUGCCGUUGGUUAUGUGUAAAACCUGCUCUGUCAAUAACAUGAACAUACUGUAACUGGCAACCCUGCACGCUUCUCACUUUCGGAAACGAAACUACCGGCAGAGGGCACUCUUGACCGACCUCGCUAAGAAGCUUUCACGCUAUGUUCCCAUGGCUCUUACUGACCAGAGACAGAAACUAGCAAUGCGAAGGGAGCCGAAAGAAACGACAGAAAAGCCUCUUUGCACUGACACACACACACACCUUGGACCUCGGAAAGUUGUUUUUUUUUUUUUUUUUUUUUUUUUGGAUGAUGAUCCGGUCCGCGCCUUGGUUUUGAGAACUGUUGCGGGUGAGUGGAAGUCGCCUUUUACCUUGGAGCUGGACCUGUUGAAGUUACACACCUUUGCAGUUAAUUGGUUUAAAUUACUGCACGCACAAUUUCCUUUAUUCUCGGGCUGUGGAAUUCCGAGGGAGCUCUGGUCGCAAGUGUCGGAGAUUCAACAGCGCUCAGGCAUGUACUGACAAGGAAACCGUUUCAUGUUGGGCCCAGCUUGUGAAAAGAAAAUCUUCCUCUUUUUGGAAUCUCAUCUUCCUGUCCAAUAUUUGGGAAUAUGGUAGAAAACUUAUCUGGAACACUGAGAGUUUCCAUAGCCCUGUCGCUGAUUGUGUCCAGCCUGGCGGUGUCUCAGCACUCUGUGGAACACAGAAAGGUCCCCCAGAGGAUAGAAGCCCAGCAGCAUGCCCCGGAUGGGGAGGGGGGUGUGUCGGGCUCCUGGGGCCGCUGGGGCCCGUGGACAGCAUGCUCGCGCUCCUGUGGGGGGGGGGUAAUGGAGCAGACCAGGCCCUGUCUGCCAGCUUACCGCUCUGAAGGGGGAGGGUACCACCACAGCACCCCGCCACUUCCCUCAGGCAGAGUUGUGUCUGCCCUGCGCCCCUCUGUCCCGCUGCAUCGUGAGGGCACCUGGCCAACGCGCUCCAACGGCACCCAGCACAGGAGAGCAGGAGCAGCAAGGGGAGGGCGAUCUGAGGAACACAGACCUGACCGCAGAGGGAGAAGUGGCGGGCGGAUUGUUCCAGGGAAGUAUGGGUAUGGGAAGGUCCCCUACAUCCUCCCUCUGCAGACUGACGCGGGGCAGGACCCCCCCAGAGACCAUAGUCGUAGGAAGCGUCAGGCCUCUCGGGGCUACCCCAGGAGGAGGGGGCAAAGCCAGGGGUACAGCCAGCAACACCCCUCCCCAGGCUCCUACAGCAGCUACCACACAGGCCCCCCGCAGUACCACCCCAACCUCUACCAAGACAGUCUGGCCAGGCCGCAGCCAGCCGGGACCUCUCUUUACCAGCAUGGCCAGGACAAAGCCUCGCAGCAGGGCCUGUACCCAGGCAGUAACCCCUCUAUCCACCUGCCUAUGCCUCAUAGAACUCCCAGCUCAGCGUCUUUCAUGUGCGUGGGAGCCUACAAGCAGUAUAAGAUAUGCAACACUGAGGCCUGUCCACCAAAUGGACGCAGUAUCCGUGAAGUACAGUGUGCCUCCUACAACAACCAGCCCUUCAUGGGCAGAGUCUACGAGUGGGAGCCCUUCACUGAGGUGCGAGGGGAUCAGCAGUGUGAGCUGAACUGCCGGGCGCUGGGCUAUCGCUUCUACGUGCGGCAGGCUGAGAGGGUCAUCGACGGGACGCCAUGUGAUCACAACGAGACGUCCAUCUGUGUGGCCGGCCAGUGCAAGAGCCUUGGCUGUGAUGAGUACCUGGGCUCAGACAAGGUGAUGGACAAGUGUGGGGUGUGCGGGGGGGACAACACGGCCUGCAAGGUGGUGUCGGGGGUCUUCAAGCACACCCCGAUGAAAGUGGGCUACCACAAGAUAGUGGAGAUCCCUGAGGGGGCCACCAAGAUAAACAUCACAGAGAUGAUCAAGAGUCGCAACUACCUCGCACUGCGCACUCGGUCUGGGCGCUCCAUUAUCAACGGGAACUGGGCAAUCGAUCGGCCAGGGAAGUAUGAGGGUGUGGGCACAAUGUUCACCUAUCGGCGCCCCAAUGAGAUCAGCAGCACAACCGGGGAGUCCUUCAUUGCUGAGGGGCCCACCAAUGAGAUCGCUGAUGUCUACAUGAUAUAUCAGCAGCCGAACCCUGGAGUCCACUAUGAAUUCAUUCUGCCAGGAGAGAAUCUUAUCAGCUCUCAGCACCCUGCCAACAGGAGGUCUGGGGACACCCUAAAUGGUCAGCUAGGGGUGUCGGACAGCAGCAACCCCAACAGAGAAGAGUACGAGAACCCACACAGCCAGGGCGGGAGGGAUUAUCCAGGCAGGAACCCCGAAAGCCAUGUCCCUGCAGCCCCCCAACCCAGAAGGCAGCAGGACUACAACUGGAAACAGGCCGGCACCACCGAAUGCACUGCCACUUGUGGCAGAGGCUCCCGGUUUGUGAUCUUCCGCUGCGUACAAAGAGUGAGCCAUGAGGAGGUGUCAGACGGCUUGUGUGACAGCGGGUCCAAGCCCAGCACUGAGGAAGAGCCUUGCAAUGUCCAAGCCUGUCCUGCCUUCUGGGACAUCGGCGAGUGGUCAGAGUGCAGUAAGACCUGUGGCUUAGGGAUGCAGCACAGGCAGGUUCUGUGCCGGCAGGUCUACGCAAACCGCACCCUGACCGUGCAGCCAAACCGCUGCCAGCACCUGGAGAAGCCCGAAACCACCAGCACCUGCCAGCUCAAGAUCUGCAGCGAGUGGCAGAUCCGCACCGAAUGGAGCUUGUGUGCAGUGCCCUGUGGUGUGGGUCAGCGCUCGCGGGAGGUGCGCUGUGUCAGUAACGUGGGAGACUUUGUGGAUGACGAAGAGUGCAACAUGAAGCUGAGGCCCAACGACAUUGAGAACUGUGACAUGGGGCCCUGUGCAAAGAGCUGGUUCUUCACAGAGUGGGGGAACAGGUGUUCUGUGGACUGUGGGGUCGGAGUCAGGUCCCGAUCCGUGCUGUGCAUGACCAAUCACAUAAGUAGCCUCCCUCUGGAGGGGUGUGGCCAGGAGCGCCCCGCAGAGGUCAUGGCUUGUAAUAACGGCCUUUGCGAGAGCCGAGUGCAAUGGUUCGCAGGCAGCUGGAGUCAGUGUUCUGCAGAGUGUGGCAGUGGCACUCAGCAGAGAGAGGUGGUAUGUCUUCAGAAAUCAGAGGACAGCUUCACAGUCUUGCAGCCCUUCGAGUGUCCCUCUCUAGAACGACCACUCAACCAGCAAACCUGCACCCUUAAAGCCUGCGGCGCUAAGUGGUACCACACAGACUGGAGCUCGUGCUCCAAGUCGUGCGAGGGCGGGUUUCGAGUCCGGGAGGUGCGCUGUCUUUCUGACGACAUGACACCCAGUGACCACUGUGAGGCCCAGCUCAGGCCAGAGGAGAGGGAGACGUGUAACACCGAGCCCUGCGCACCUGAGAUAGAUGAGAACUGCCGAGACAAGUAUUUCAACUGCAACGUGGUGGUCCAGGCCCGGCUCUGUGUGUACAACUACUACAAAGCUGCCUGCUGUGCAUCCUGUACCCGUGUGGCCAAUCGACAUCCAGGAUUCCUGGGGCGCAGAUAACACCCACAGCCACUUCUCUACAGUCCUGCCUGCAGUGUGACCCUAGAUUCAGACCAAGGCUUUUCCAAAAGAGACAGCGGCCCCAUUCCUGUACGGUAACCAGGCCAGAAUCCAAUCCCUCACAAACACACACACAAACGACACACAACGUCACUGUGAUGCUUAUAAACCCCUAUAAACAAGACUUCAGGACCAGGACAAAGCAUUCUCAGCGAGAGGGUACUGAAGACUUUGGUUUGUCCUGUAUUUUCAAUGGCUUUGAAGCAAUAUGCAACGUGAUUGGAUGUGUGGGUAUACAUGAGAUUUAAAGCAUUACUUCCAUCCAGUAGUAUCCUACUUUUGAAUUUGAUGAAAGGAUGUAAUGUUCUGUUAAUAAAAAUAUGACAGGGCCAUGAUUAGUAUUCAUUUACACCUUUGAAUGGCUUUAUAUUAUCAUUUAUGUUUUUCAAUCAUGUAAGCACAGGGAAUGUCCUCUUACAGUAGAUGCUGAAGGUUGACUAAAAGCGCCACUGAACAGGGAAAUCAUAUAGAGCUACUGUAUUUGAUUGAAUUCAUCCUAGUUUCCAUCCAUUAAUGGUCCUCAGCCUCCCUUGUCUAACAGUGACAGCGGCUAGUAGAGUGAUGGUAAGGAAGCAGCUGAACAUUGUCAAAUAUGAAAUGUAUUUUUUAUAUCUGUAGAAUAUCUAUUUUUGCUUAGUUUCAGAAUACUGCAGUAUGGAUGUGAAUUACGAACUAACUUACACAGUACAUUCCUGAAUGAAUACCUCUUUUGCACUGUACAUUCGAGCCACACCUGGGCCUCAUCAGGACCCUGGCUGUGUUUCCACUGCAGAGCCAGCGCCGUACCGCUGACGUCACAUGCAAUGAACAUGUCGAGUUGCAUGUAGAUAAUGCUGUAUUAAGAGGUGCUGUAUUUGAGUUGAGUGGCGGAUCCAGAGGUUAGAGUUUUCUUCAUUUUCGUUCUUCAUAUAUUAUUGAAUACAACUGGGCGUCCUCAUCUUCCCAAGGCUGUGCUUUUCUCUCCUCCGACUUGCUGCACGCCAUGUUGUUCAUCAUCCUUGAGGGCAUUGAGUGACCCAGCGUAUUGAUGAAAAUUUUUAACCCCGCCCUGGCCCUGCUCGGCCCCACGAGCCACAUUCAGAUGUGUUGUAAGGCCAGAGUUUCAUGGUUUGUAUCUCGCUUGGCUUGACAAAUAGCCAAUGGCCCUUAUGGCUCGGACAUACCUGUGGAAAAGGGGUAUCAGAUUUAUACCAUUACUUUAUACAGAUUCUAUAGCUGAACAGAUCACCUGCACACACAUACAAAAUACAUUUUUCAAUCACACUGUGUAUAAAGGAAUAACACAAGAGACUCUAUAUAUGGAGAGAGAGAGAGAGACUGACUUUGACUUUUAAAAUCCCCUUUAUUCUAUAAAAUAGAAUACAAUAUAAAAACUAAAUAAAGUCACUCUUUAAAAAUAAGCCAAAACAAAACAAACACAAAUACACUGGUGUAAAAUAACAUAACAGAUCCAACAUCUCUCAUACCAGUUUCAAAAGUUCCAGUUCAAUGGGAUCUCAGUCUUUCAGAGUGUUUCUCACAUGAGCAGAACAAGCUGCCCUUCCUCACUCACGGCACACCCCCGAUUAGCAAGAGCCUUGGAAAGCAGUUUGUAAUCAAAGCACAGCAAGGAGACAGGGAGCCAGUUCUUGAUGUCACAGAGGUCUCCUUUCUUGGGUAGCAGUAUUAUUACUGCCCUGCGGCAGCUCAGCAGCAACUCCUCAUCCCGAAUACAUUCCUGCAGGACCUGAUACAGGUCCAUCCAUUCCUGGAGCCUUUCCUUUGGAGAGAAGCACCACAGCUGCAGUGAGUUCUGGGAAUGCCAGCGGAGUGUCCAAUCCGCUGCUCUCCUCCUUGUCCAGGCUGGGGAGACCCUGGAGAAGAAGCUCCAUCUCUCCCGGGUCGCAGCCCUCAGCCUUGUAGAGAUCAGUAUAAAAGCUCACUGCAAUAUGCCUUAGCUCCGUAGGGCUGGAGACCUCUCUCCCCCAGGGCAGCAUCAGACAGCACAUUGUCUUGCACUCCGCUGUCUUCCUCUCCAGGCCCAAGAAGGUGGCUGUGGGGGUGUCCAUAUCUUUGAGUUCAGUAAAGCGGGAUCUGAGCAAAGAGCCCUUCACCUUCUUCUCUAGCAGGCUGCCUAGGAGUUGCCUCCUCUCCUGCAGGCCCCGAUACGCCCCCUCAUCGCUCUCGCUGGCCAGCUGACUCUCAAACUCAAUAAUCUCUCUCUCCAGCUCAUUGACCACUGCAUCCACUGACCUGGUGACAUAUUAUGUGUAUUGUUGACAGAAAAGUUUUAUUUGAAGUUUCCCUAUACCCUGCUAUUGUCUUAAACUACUAAUAUUAGUUUUUUUCAUUUUGCUAAUUUUUCCAAAACAAUUCAAAAUAAUCAGUGAAGUUUUUGUCCUGUAGCAGAUUGUUGUUAAAGUGCCAAUAUGAUUUGGAAUGUGAUUUGAUUGGUAGUGAAACAGUGACGGAAACAAAAUGAUGAUCAGAAAAGCUACUGGGUGCUAUACUGCUUUUAGAGAAUUUAUUAAUAUGCUGUUCUGGAGUAUAGAACCUAUCCAGGCACUCCCCUGACAUCUGAUUUUUGAUUACAUUUGAUCCAUGUAUAUUGUCUACUUGUGGGAUAAAAAAUCCUCCAAAUGUCAACCAGGUCAAAGGUAUUUAAUACAGUGGCCAGCUCCCUGACAGAUUGGGGAUGGGGUUCCCCGUGGUUUCUAUCUUUAUUAAAAUCAAUAGUACAAUUAAAAUCCCCCCCUCCCCCCCCAACAACACCACCACUAUGAGGAAAUUGUCCGUACUGCAACCCCUGAGUACCUGACUGAGCUUUUUAAAAAAUAAAAUCCUCUCCUCCCCAACAUUUGGUACAUAAAUAUCAAUAAAAUCAAUAAAAAUACCAACGUGUUUUAUCUGUACUUUUAAAAGUCAACCUUGAACAAUCUCCUUAAUAGAUAAAAUCUCCACCCAAAUCCUGGAGAAAAUAAAACAGCAACCCCAGCACUAAAAUUACAACCGUGGCUUAAAAUACAGUCACCCCUGUCACUGCCAGUGAGAUGAAUUACUGCUGUCUGAGUGUGUUUCCUGCAAUAAAAUCACGUUUGAAUGCUUGCUGUUUAAAAAAUCAAAUACUUGUCCUCUUUUAUUAAAAUCCCUGCACCCGUACACAUUAAAAGAACCUAAAAUAAUUUUCUCCAUUGAUAAAAAUAGAUUAUUAAAUAACAAACUUUUUCUGUUCACACUCAUUUAUAGACUGUUUCCUUAAUAUUAAGUCUGCAGAACACAAGAAAAGUUUCUGGUCUGGGAAGAACAAUUUAAUCUCUACUCACCUCUUUUUGUUCUUUCAAUAAAAUCGCUGAUCUCGUUCAGUGAAUACAGUUUCACCCUCUGGCUGGCCGUGAUGUCAGAGAGCUGUGAGGUAUCGGACAGCCCAUCCUCCCAUCUAUCCUCGUCCGAUCUCGCCGAUCUGUCCCCCUCCUUGCCUGCAGAAUCUCCAUCAGCCACUGGCAUCUCAGCUACCUACCCCACAGGCUGAGAAGUUUCGUCGGGAGAGGGGGGUGGGGUCUCUUGUCCUUCAGACCCGGCGCUCAGCUCCACCGUAGCGGAAGGUUGAGAACCUACACCGCUAUCGUGAGAGACCAUAAAGUGCCCCUACACUGACUCCUCCUAGCCCGACAUGUUUUUUUUUUUGUUUGUUUUUUUUUAACACUCCUUGUCUGCAGCCCCAGUUUUGGAUGCAGCCGCGCUGGUACCCCGCUCCUCCACUCUCUUCCUCUGGGGCUGCGGCUCAGGUCUCGGAGGCUCCUCCACAUCCACAAUCCAAACAACCCCGUCCACCUCACCACUACUACUUGUCCCUGCUUCAGUUUGUAGCUUGGGGAAGGUCCGUUUAACAUGCCCCUGUUCCCCGUAGGAAAAACCUCUAUGCUGGUAAAAACAACAUAAUUCCUGCCCUGAAUAUUAAAACUCUAAGCUACAUUUAGAGUUUUUUCCGGGUUAUCAAGCAGUACAAAUACUUGUCUCCUAAAAGACAUGACGUUUUCAGGAUUUUUACAUCCAAGGGGAAUCAUUUUGAUCGGCGACAUUAUUUGACCAUAUCUUGAAAGCUCUCUAUUGAUCAAUUAAUUAUUAAUAAAAGGGGGAAUAUUUGACAUUACUUUGGUAAGAGGCACGGAUAACAGUGUUACAGUUAUCAAAGAAUCAUUCAACAUAAAUCCCUCUUCUACAAUUUUGUUAACCAUAUUUUCUUGGUUAAGGAAAACGAUUAUAGCUUUGUUCAUUCACGAGGUGGAACAUUUAAAAAGUACUAAGAUAACAAAAAAAUACUUAAAAAAAAAGUUUAAUAAAUAUAUAAUAAAUAAAUAUAUAAGUAAAUGGCGAUACAGCUCGCUAACCCUGCUUGCAGCAGCCCCUCCCACAAUCGAGAGAGAGAGAGAGAGAGAGAGAGAGAGAGAGAGAGAGGGAGAGGUUUAUUCAAUAUUAAUAAAAGGUGUUCUGGACAUGCUUUAUCACACACUAGUGAGAGUAUUAGAAUCUGAUGGCCUCUGGUUGGAUGUCACAGUGGAUGUAGGUAGUGGUGAUCUACUUUUUCAUGUUACUGAUACCUUGAAUUUACUGCUGUUGUGGACGAUGAAUUUCACUGUCAUGCUUUCUUGAAAGAGUGCCAUGGGAUUGGUAAUUUCAACAACAUACAAAGUACCUUGGUACCUCAAGCCUUGCUUAGCAUCUGAGAUCUGAGAAGAUCAACUCAUGAUUGUCUAGCUAUAACCCCCUGAAAACGCAGGGCAUCUUAAUUUAAAAAAAAUGGAAACCCAACAAGCAAGAUGUAUGAAGUGCCUGGAUUCAACUGGUACCCAGUACUUCGAGGAAGGCCUUGACAUGAUUGGCCAUACCCUACUAAAAUACUGGCUUAAAUGUUCCACUCAAUAAGCAAACAUAAUUUAA